UUCUGACGUCGUCCCUUCAUUCUGCGGGGUAUGAAGUUAACCCUUCCACACACCAGCAGCCUAAGCCACUACUGCGAGCGAGAGGGCAUCCUCCCGGAGGAGCAGAGCGGUUUCCGCCCACACCGGUCGACGCUCGACAUGCUGUUCGCGAUCCAGCGGCUCCAUGAGCUCGCGAGGAAGAAGAGUACUGCGGUCUUCGCGUGCUUCGUCGAUCUCACCAAGGCGUACGAUUCGGUGGACCGAGAUCUGCUGUGGGACGUGCUCGGACGCUUUGGCGUGCCCCCGAAGAUGCUGGCGGUCAUUCGCCACUUCCACGAGGGCAUGAGGGCGCGGGUUCGAACGGACGACGGGCAGUACUCGGAAUGGUUUGACGUCGGCCAAGGUCUCCGACAGGGGUGCAACCUGGCCCCGCUGCUGUUCAACUUGUUCUCUGCCGCGAUGCGCAUGGUCGCAGUGACCGAGUUCGACAAGGACCCCAAGGCAAGCAUUCCCUUCAACUUCACCCAGAGCAUAGCCACAUUCAGCGCACCCGUCACGUCUCGCCCCUACCGCGUUAAUCCCCCGGUGGCGAAACAAGUUGACGCGAUCCUUGACCAAUAUCUUGCGGCAGGUUUGAUCCAACAUUCGACCUCGCCUUACUCGAGCCCUUUGGUAGUCAUACCGAAGAAAUCUGGUGGUGUUCGCAUCACCGUCAAUUAUCGCAAGCUCAACAAGCUUUGUGCUUUGAGUCAGCUUCCGAUUCCUCGAGUCGAUGAUACUUUGGACAAGUUGUUGAAAGGGCGAAUAUAUUCCCUUUUCGACAUGAAAUCUUCGUUCCACCAAAUCACGGUGCACCGCGAUACAAUCCCUUUGACGGCAUUCGUGACGUCUUCCGAGCUUUUCGAGUGGUUGAAGAUGCCUCAAGGCAGUUCGGCUGCCCCUGGGUGGUUUUGCAAAGUUGUCAACGAAGUCAUCAAAAAUCUCCACGGUGUUGCAUCGUACUUGGAUGAUUUGAUCGUCUUUGAUGACACCCCUGCUACUCAUGUUGGUACCAUGCGCGCACUCUUUGAACGCUUGCGUACGCACAACUUGAAACUCACGCCUCCGAAAGCUACUAUUGGCGCUACUGAAGCAGACUUCCUCGGACACACCAUCUCCCCUGACGGCGUUAGGCCUAACGGUGCCAAGGUUUCGGCCCUCACCAAAAUGCCUAUGCCCAGGGAUGUCAAGCAACUGCGUUCCCUUCUCGGUGGUCUCAGCUACUACCGUAAGUUCCUCCCCUUCAUGGCUAAACGCAUUCGAUAUCUGACUACUCUACUCAAGAAGCAGGAGAAGUUUAUCUUCACCCCUUCCAUGGAGCAAGCCGUUCGCGUUUUGUUAGCUGAGUUGGCCAAUCCCCCUGUUUUGGUUUAUCCAGAUUGGGAUGCUGUUUCAGACGGCUCGCGACCUUUUCAUCUUUACUGUGAUGCUAGUCGCGAUGGGUUUGGUGGGACUCUCGAACAAGAACAGCCAGAUGGUUCCAUUCGCCCAAUUGUCUUCAUCAGUCGGGCUACUUUGGACUCAGAACGCCACUGGACUCCCCUCGAUCUCGAAGCGAGUAGCAUCGUGUGGUGUAUCAAGCGCCUUCGCGGCUACUUGUGGGGUACAAAAUUUCGCAUUCUUACCGACCACAAGUCUCUCGAGCAUUUUGCUAAGGUGGGGGAGAACAAUGCCCGCGUUCAGCGCUGGCUGGAAUUUCUUACCGCCUACAGUUGCACUCUCGAGUGUCGCAAGGGUUCCGCAAAUGGCAACGCUGAUUUCCUCUCACGCCUCCCAGUCGCUGCGGCUGAAUGCGACCGUUCGGGUCGCAGCCGUCUGACCCCGGCUGAGGAUGAAGAGGCGGUGUUUUUCAUCCGCAUGUGGAACGUCGCUUCCUUGUCGCUCAAGAUCGCUCCCUUGCCGUCCGAGAUGUUCUGCCGUUCGGCGCGGUCGCGAUUGCGCAAUCGACCUCCCAUCGUUUGGUCCGGUUCCCUACCUCAGUCUUUCGAUGAUGGUUUGGCUCUCGAGCCCGAGCCUCCGUCUGCCGGUCUCGCCCUUGGAAACCCGCAUCGGAUCCUCGACCUCAUCCAAGUGAUCUCCACCAGGACUCGCCGUCGCAAGGCAGCUGCGGCAGGCACGCCACUCCCGCCUGUUGAUUAUGGUUUUUCUGACGAUGAGCCUUCUUUGUCUCCCACGCGGAUUUCCGCUCCCUCUCGACCGUUUCGGCGGUCUCCGACGGCGACAAAGGCGCCGUCGAUGACACCAGCCUUGCCCAAUUGGGUUUCGACUACCGAUGCUGGUGGUUUAUCCUCGACUCCCUCCGCGCCUCUGGCUCAUGGAGUAGAGCCUGCGUCUCCGACGCCUGCCACAACUGCGGUUGUUCCUGCCGUGCAGCCUCCCGCAGACCCCGGCUCCCCGGAGUCUUUGUCGCGUUUGGUGUCAGCCGCUCGCGCGCAUUCGCCUUCGGCCUCCAUUGCUCCUCUAUCCUCGGAUGGGUUGCAGUCGGCGCUUCGCGAAUCAACCCCCUCUUCUAUCGAGGCGGCUUACAUUCUUCGGCGGAUUUAG